AUGUCCGCUGUUCAGAGCAUCACCGUGCCCGCUCAGCCCGACAUUCAGUACCAUCCUGAAUUUGAGAGAUACAAAGAGCGCACUCGUCGUCGCAAGGAGACUGAGACUCUCCAGGAUACCGUGCCGGUAGGGUUUCCACAAAAGUUGACUUCCCCGCUCGUCUGGGAAGGAAAAGAGAUUGAGAAGCGGGAUGACUGGGUCUAUCAGUUGAGUGAUGCUCAACUCGAUGAGAUUGACAAGGGCCUACAGAUUUUCAAAGCCCGCAACCUUUCCCUGGGUCACAUCAACGACUCCACAUUCCCUCUACCCACUCUUCGCCCGGUCCUUCGAGAUCUUUCCAAGGAGAUUCAUACUGGCCAAGGCUUCGUCGUUCUUCGGGGACUACGUGUCGAUAGCUACUCUGCGGAGGACAACAUCAUCAUUUAUGCCGGUGUUUCCUCCCACAUUGGCAAUAUCAGAGGACGUCAGCAGGAUACCCGCCUGGCAAAUGGCACUUCUCCCGUGAUCUCGCAUAUCAAGGACCUGACUAGCACUGUUGACAAAGACAAGAUUGGUGCACCCUCCAAUACGGCGGAUAAGCAGGUAUUUCACACCGAUGCCGGAGAUAUUGUUUCUCUACUGUGUCUGAGCCCUGCCGCAGAGGCAGGAGAAAGCUAUCUAUCAAGCAGUGGGCAUGUCUAUAACAUCUUGGCUGAGAAGAGACCAGAUCUCAUCCACACAUUAUCCCAAGAUUGGCCAGUUGAUGGAUUUAAUAACCCCCAGAAGCCAUACACCCUUCGCCCUCUCCUCUAUCACCAGCCUGCCACCACCACUACCCCUGAGCGUGUUCUAAUUCAGUAUGCGCGACGGUACUUCACUGGAUUCAAGGCCCAGCCACGAUCUAAGGAUAUUCCUCCCAUCACUGAGGCGCAAGCCGAGGCACUCGACGCGCUGCACUUUUUGGCAGAGGAGCACUCCGCCGCACUGGAUUUCCAGAAAGGCGAUGUGCAAUAUGUGAACAAUCUCAGCAUUUUCCACGCCCGUAACGGGUUCCGCGAUGAGCCCGGAAAGCAGCGGCACUUGCUGAGACUUUGGCUCCGAGACCCGGAAAACGCCUGGGAGACACCCAAGCCACUCCAGCACCGGUGGGAUACGGUGUACAAGGAUGUUGCUCCGGAGGAGCAGACGUUCCCGCUGGAGCCGGCUCUCCGUAAGACUAUGGGCUCGUAG